AUGGAUCUUCGUGUCAACAUCGUCGAGACGAGGCUCUGCCUGGACCAUCGCAGGAGGUCACCAGGUAAGUUCUUCUUCAGGUAAGUGAAUUUGCUUUGUUUCUUCUUUUUGUCUUUUGAAGUUCCGUGUCGUCUGUUUCUCCUGAUGCCUGCCCUCUGUAUGCUAGUCUAUCUGCUAAUAGCUAGACGAAACCCUCGCUGCCUGCUGCGACUGUCUGUCUGUCAGUUUAUGCCUCUCUGCUAAUAGCUAGGUGUUACGGUGCUUGACACUUGAAUGGUGCCCUCUCACUUCUGUCUCUGACUGAUGACUGUGUCUGCUUGUCCAAUCUAGUUCUAAGUCCCAUAGCGUUUGGUUGUGUAUAUGCUCUCUCCUACUUCACUCCAUCACAACAGAACCCAGGUCACAGGAAAAUCCGGUUCGUUCUCUCACUAACAAAAAGUCGUGGUCCAUAGUGGAGUCCGGCAGCCGUCUGGGAUAACCGGGCAGCCCUAUUUAGGGGGUGCGCUCCCUGCCCUCGCGAGGGGGAGGGGGCUGGAAAAAAUGGCCUUAAAAUUGCUGGGAACCACGCUGGCUGGCCGUGGCCGCAGACAAAACACACACGGUCGAAACAGCCAAAAUCGAAACAACAAAAACAACAAUCACUCUCUUCCACUACCAGCCUAUUUAUCUAAUUCUCCUCAUCCUAGAAAUCGCCGCCGCAACCGCCAGAAUAGCAGGGUGAGUCCGCUCACUCUGGCAGCCUGGAAUGUUCGUUCCCUUUUAGACAAUCUGAGGAGCAACCGACCGGAACGGAGGACGGCGCUAGUGGCCCGGGAACUGGCGCGCUACAAGGUGGACAUCGCCGCACUCAGCGAGACCCGAUUCUCCGAACAAGGCCAACUGGAGGAGGUGGGUGCCGGCUACACCUGCUCCUGGAUCGGUCGACCCUGGGCCGAGAGACGAGGCGCGGGUGUCGCCUUCGCCAUCCGGCACGACAUCGUGGGACGACUGCCCUGUUUGCCGCAGGGCAUCAACGAUCGCCAAAUGAGCCCCCGUCUGCUUCUCCGCCGGGGUGAGGGCCAAUUCGCCCCCAUAAUUAGCGCCUACGUUCAGCCGAUGACCAGCCGCGACGCCGCGAGAGACAAGUUCUAUAAGGAUCUACACGCACUCCUGGCGACUGUGUCGAAGGCGGACAAGCUGAUUGUCCUCGGUGACUUAAACGCCCGCGUCGGCACCGACCAUACUGCCUGGAGAGGUGUGCUGGGUCCCCACGGUCUCCGCGGCUCAAACGACAAUGGACUGCUGCUGCUCCGCACCUGCGCAGAACACCGCCUCAUCCUGACGAACACGUUCUUCUGCCUGCCGGAGCGAGAGAACGCCACCUGGAGGCAUCCUCGGUCGCGUCAGUGGCACCUGCUGGACUAUGUCCUCGUCCGGAGGUGAGAUCAGCGGGACGUGCUGAUGACGAAGGCGAUGGCGGGCGCUGACGGGUGGACCGACCAUCGCCUCGUCAUCUCGGAGAUGCGUAUUCUCCUACAGCCUCGCAGGAGACCACAAGGUAAGCGACCCCCAGGUAAGCUGAAUGUUGCCUUGUUGUCUUUGCCCGCUCACCAUCUUCAUUUCAGUAAUGAGCUAGCUCAACGGCUAGACAACCUUCCAAUCGCUGCCGCCGACGACGCCGUCGCUGCCGAGAACGCCUCUGUGGAGAACCGCUGGUGUCAACUGCGAGACACGGUCCAGACGACGGCGCUCGCCAUCCUCGGUCGCGUUCCCCGCCAACAGCAGGACUGGUUCGACGACAACGACGCAGUCAUCAGCAAUCUGCUUGCCGAGAAGAACCGCCUACAAAAAGCCUACGUAGAUCACCCCACUGAUGCCAACAAUUUCGCUUUCUACCGCAGUCGCCGCCACCUUCGGCAACGACUGCGCGAGAUGCAGGACGUCUGCACUGCUCGCAAACCUGAGGAGAUCCAAGAUUACGCGGACCGCAACGAAUGGAAGAACUUCUUCUCUGCGAUCAAAGCUGUAUACGGUCCGCCGACGAAGGGCACUGCUCCUCUUCUCAGCGCCGACGGUAGCACUCUCCUGACUGAGAAGACACAAAUUCUACAGCGAUAGGCCGAGCGUUUUCCAUCGCCCCUCCGCCAUCUCAGACGCCGCCAUCGAGCGUUUGCCGCAAGAGGAGGCCAACGUAGACCUCGACCUUCCGCCAUCUCUCCAGGAGACCAUCAGGGCCGUACAGCAGCUCUCCAGCGGGAAAGCACCCGGAUCGGACGCAAUCCCUGCUGAGGUCUACAAGCACGGAGGUCCCCAACUGAUGGCCCACCUGACCGCGCUCUUCCAGGAGAUGUGGCCUCAAUGUGAAGUCCCGCAAGAUUUCAAGGACGCAACUAUCGUGCAUCUAUACAAGCGAAAAGGAAACCGCCAUGUCUGCGACAAUCACCGCGGCAUCUCCUUGCUGAACAUCGCCGGGAAGAUCUUCGCUCGCAUCCUCCUCAAUCGCCUGAACAACCGUCUGGAACAGGGCGUUCUGCCGGAAAGCCAAUGCGGCUUCCGUCGUCAUCUUGGGAAAAAGGAUAUGAUCUUCGCCGCCCGUCAACUUCAGGAGAGGUGCCAGGGGAUGCGGACCCACCUGUACUCUACGUUCGUGGACCUGACAAAAGCCUUCGACACGGUGGAUCGUGAAGGACUAUGGAAGAUCAUGCAAAAAUUCGGCUGUCCGGAGCGAUUCAUUUAGAUGGCGCGUCAGCUGCACGACGGUAUGAUGGCGCGAGUCACGGACAACGGAGCUGUCUCAGAGGCAUUCGCAGUGACCAAUGGAGUGAAGUAAGGCUGCGUACUGGUGCCUACCCUCGUCAGUCUUAUGUUCUCUGCCAUGCUAAUGAACGCCUACCGCGACGAACGGCCCGGGAUCCGCAUCGCCUACAGGACGGACGGUCACCUUCUGAAUCAACGGCGGACGCAUUUCCAGUCGCGCGUAUUCACAACCACCGUCCACGAACUUCUCUUCGCCGACGACUGCGCUCUGAACUCAUUGACGGUGCCGAUAUCGGUUUCACAUGAGUCGUCUAUACUAGCAUUCUGGUUAUAUUUAAGGUAAUAGGGCGUUCAACUUACGCACUUUUGCAGUAUAUGAGCUCCUUUAUAUAUUACAGUUUGUAGGUUUUCUUAAGCUUACCGACUGUUAGCUUUUUUGCAAACAGACUCCGCAAUCUCCAGCAAACCGUCGAUUUCGUCUCACCUCAUUCGGCUAAUCACCGAUUAAUCUCAACAUUGGCUGAUAUAAAAAUGUGGUUUACAGAUUUCGAUGAUCUUCUUUUUUUACACUCUUACGUGGUACUCACCGAUGUUUGUCGUUUCCUUUGUAAAUUUUUGGUCAUGCUCCUACCUUGUUAUUAUGCUCUUUGCCUAGUGUCCGCAGGACAUAACUUUGAUAUGCCCGACGAGCCCUGGUAUUACGUCAGUGAACUGAUCAGCGUUUCCCUCCUGUCUUGAUACUCUGAUUGUGAGUUCAAAACCUCCGCCACCCCGUCACUGUAUUUCUUUUUUUAUCCGUUUUAGGUUCGACUUAGAUGUCGGUGCUCUAACAUUACGGCAUUCUUAGGGUCUGACGUAUAUUUUAAAUAGAUUUCGCGCAGUUUAUCUAGGGAUAGCACUUAUCUCAGUGCAGUCUAGUUAGACCGACAAUAUGCAGCUUAAAAUACUAUUGCAAUGGACGGAGAUACUUGCAAGUGAAAUUUGGUAUUCCAUGACGAGCGCUGUUGUCUUGCCACUGAAGUUAGGCUGUAGUUGAAAUAAACCAAGCCCCCCCUUCUCACCUUCUUGCUUUAUUUUUAAAAUGUGGAUUUCUUUGAUGAAAAUUUUAAGUUUCUCAAUACAAACAGAAGACUGCAUUCCUCUCAGAACGAUGGCGUCUUGCUCGGAGCCAUCUUAUUAAACAUAAUUCAAGUUUUAACAAUUGUUCUUUUUUACGAAAGCCAAUUUGGCAUCAUCCUGCCCUGGUUUUGGUCGACUAUUGCCACAAGAAUGACCCUCUCUGCUUAGUAUCUUUGACGUUCAUUUUUCGACCACUCAGCCUGUCCGCGUCACCUCCGUCAUUUUCGCCUGAAUUUCUACUUAAUAUGCCUUUUUAUAGCGUUCCCAUGCCAAUGACUCGACAGGGCAAACUGAUGACGGCAAUUCAGGUGCCCUCUUUCUUCGCAGCAUCUCUUCUGCAUUUCUAAAAUUUUCCGAAGACUGCUGUUGACACCUCAAUUUUUUUAUUAGCCGAAACCUUCCUUAUCUUUCCCUUGCGUAGAUGCACCCUGCUUAUAUUGAUUUUUCUGCUUCAGUGCACCGGCAACCUCUACUACUUUUGUUUGGGUUUGUUCAAUGUGUUUUGCUAUAUUUAUCCCUGACCACUAUUGUUUUUUUCUGUUGCAUUUGGUCCUGUUUCAGGUUAUGACUUUGUAACUGCCCAGCUAUUUUCCGCCCGAUCAUGUUUUCCGCUUACCAUGUCUCCCUGUUUUGGUUUUUCCAUUGUUGAGCAAGCUGAAUGCUAUCACACCCCCUUUUACAAAGUUCGUAUACAGCUGCUUGUUCUGUCGGAUUUGACACGGAACGUGAGCCGCCAAAUUCGUUGGCUUUGGGAAUUUGAAGCAACUUUGGAAAUUAACAGAGCGAGGCAUCUGUACAGGCAACCACUUUCAACGGACAUUACUGUUUCGGACAAAGAAAUCUAUAGAAUAUCCUAAGCGCACAAGAAACCUUGCUUCCUGCUCGGUGGAAAAAUUUGUUUGGGUUGUCAACUUGCCCAAAAAAAGUUUCUAGAGCGCAAGUUAUUCCGUAAAAAUUUCCCCUUUUGCGCUCCUCUGCUUUGUUGGGAAAGCGAGUGAAUACACGAUCCUAUUUGAGAGAAUUUUCUUGAAGUACUGUUCGAAGUUAGAAGUACGUAGUCUGAUAAACGGUUUUAUCAGCAAUGCGUGUAUAAACUAGGAAUGAAAAUGACUUCUGAGGACUCAAGUCGUUCAAGAAACCAAAAAAAACUAUUAGGUUAACUGGUAAAUUCGAUCCCAGUUUCUCUAACUGAAUGCUCAAAGAAUGAUAGCGAUUUGUGGUCAUCUGCGACGCAGGGGGACUUUUUUGUUUUGAAAAAGCAAAAGAGAUAUUAGCCUAUGAUUUUUGCCGGUAUCUUUUGUAUGUUUAUUACCCAGUAAUUCCCAAGUACUCAAGACGUCAAUGGCUUGAUUGGAACAAGUUAAUUACAAGACGGUUCGGCUUCCAACUGUCAGAAAUGAAUGUUAACAGCCGUUUAUUUAAUACCGAAUUGUUAUUCUUUUCCGAUUGUAAAUGCCAAAUAAGGUCUUGGACCCAUGUUUUAAUGACAUACAGAUAAGAUUACAAGUGAAGGUGCUCCGUUGAUCACUAAAAGGAAGCUUCUUUUACUUGUCUCUUUAGACGGACGCCCGACCUUGAACAAAACGCACUUUUUCGAAAUUCUCGGGCGGGCAUUGGCGUGUGGCUUAUAAUGUAAGUUUCCAUAAAACAUUCGACCUACUUAUUAAACCGCCUGUUUACACAAAAAAUUUUGGCAUAUAUAAAAUCGAAUUUUCUAAAUUUUUUCGUUAGUACACGUUAUAAGUAAAAUUGUAAAUCUCGCAGCAAUGAGAUUUCUUCGUUCCGCCCGUUACCAACCUAGACAUUUAUCUUAUUUUCUCUUUAAUGCAUACAUAGUCCGCGUGUAAGAUGUUAUAGUUAGCGUGACCAGUAAAAAAAGACUGUGUCGGUUGGUUAUGAUCUCAUCGCAUAUAUAUGUGAUGAUCACAUAUGAUUACAGCCAGUUACUGCCAGUUAUGUGUACAUUUCAUAUGAACUGUACAUAUAAAUGGCUGUAAUUAUAACCGGCCAUAAAUUGUGCGUGCGAUCCGGCUUUUGUCUCAGAAGACCGGCUCUAACUUGCUGGCUGCAAAAUUAAGGUUUUAACGCUUGUGGUGCAGUAAUUGAAGGGCCGUUUGCAAACCUCGCGAUUAGAAUAAACAAUAAGACGGUCAUAUAAGUAUCUUCUUGUCCUUUCUACGUACAUAGUUUAUGAAACAAUGGUUUAUGGGUUUUUAACAACAGUUAUUCGGAAUCGAUCUUACUUCCAGGCGCUGUACACCAGAUCACAACAUUUAUGUUUAUUAGGUCCCAAAGCGCCAAUUACAGAUGAGAGUUUAGAAGUGUUUUCCGAAUAAUACUUUGUCAUUAUUACUGGAGAGCACCGGCCAAUAGAAGACCUGAUUGCACUUCAUAAGAUGGUGAACUGUUCUGCUAGGCCACAACCAGCUGUGACAUAUACAGGCCAGCUUCCUACAGUCCCACCUAGUAGUAAGAACAAACACGGUUAAGGUAGUGACCAAACGUGCGUAUAGCGAUAAAAUCUGCCCUGGACCGAUUAUGCGACCAAUUUUACUGAAGUAUUCCGAUGGAACGUACAUGCUAAUAAGAAAACGUCAACUCCUCAAUGCCUUCACCAAUGCGUAUUGCGACCUAACCUCAUAUCUCGCCGGGCUUUGUAGUUAAGUGCUGAGCGGCUAUGAAACGCCGCAACUGGUUCAUUUUAUUUCGCAAAAUGCUAGUUAUUUCGAAAAGCCGACUUACUUUACAUACUUGACCCAUUGCAACAUGAAAUAUUUCAAAACAUACCUUGCAAGCAAAAAUACUGAAGGAUGCAAUGAGCAAAGUUAUAGAAAAACGUCCACCCACAUAACAUUUUUUUGCUUAUAGGCUGAAGCAACCUAACCAUCCGUUCUUAGAAUCAUAUAUAUCAAAACGGAGAAUAGCAACAAGACGUAGACUAAAAAAUGUCCAUUCUUCACGGAGUAUAGUUAAGAAAAAUGUAGAACAACGUACGUAUCGUGAGGAAGAAAACAAUAAAAGCUGAACGAAAAACCUCAGCGUUGGUUAAGGGUUGAAUAUAUGAAAACUGAACUGUAGACAUUAGUCGACAGCAGGCUUAGCUCGCAACGUUUCUCCUUUUGAACCUUUCCUAAUAAAGCUGUUAGUAACACUAUUGUCAGUACAAUGGAACGCCAAGCAUUACCGAUGCUGUUUUCACGAGAACCUGACCGGUGCCAGUUACGAUUUGUAAUUUUUAAAUAUUUUGCCCUUAAUUUAAUGAAAUAUAUAAACUUUGAAUACGCCUCCGAGAAAUACCCGUUAUUAAGUAUCUAAACUGUACUAAAGACAAGCGAAAUUACAUUUGACAAAGACGACGCUUUUAAUAAACUAUCUGGAAAACAAAAAAGUUGCUUGAGCCAUCGAACGGCCAAAGGAACAUAUAGGACUAAACGUGCGAGUAUUACGUGUUUCAAAAUACUAGAUCCAUUAAAAUCGUGUUUCCCGAAAUUGUGCGCAUAGUUGUAACGCCGUAACUUUAAUAAUUAUUUUACCAGGGAUAAUUUGGACAAAUAAUAUAAUCUUUAAGGGAAAUAGAUUACUCGUUGUACAAAUGGCUUUUGCGCUCACCAGUACAGAACGAACUUUUCGAUUUUACCCAUUUACCCUGAAAAUGUUAAACGAUUAUCCUAAGUACAGUUUCUAAAAUACGUUCUGACUUUGGACGUAAGUUGUCGAUUGAUAAUAAUUCGAGACGAUGUAUGCGACAGAUUUUUUUCUGAAUAAAAAUGACUUCCGUAUUUGCUGUCGUCCCACAGCAUUUCUUAUGAUGGCAAAUGUGUCUUAAUUUGCAGAUAAUUGAGUAAACUCUUUGCAUUUCUGUGGAUAAAGGUGUGCUUCAAAAUGAUUUUUAAAGUUAGUUGUUGAGAUAAGUUAGCUGUUUAGCAAGGUCCGUCUUGAAAUUGUUUUGGUCUGUUUAAUAGGCACUUUCAGAGAAACUUGCCGUCACAUAAAUCUUACAUAAGUAAGUCAGAUAUAAUGGUGUUUGCGAAAUAUUUGUUAUAAUGAGAAUGAAAGUAGAGGGUAUAAGCUAGAAGUACAUAAACAACGAAAUAAUCAAAUGCUUUCGACAUAGUGCAACAGUAAUUUCUUUGGGGGGACAAGUUAAGUUUCACCAAAACACUCAUACCUAACAGUUAAGCUAUUACAAAGGAUGUAAAAAGAAACCGAGGUAUUAUCCAUUAACUGCAUUUAAACCGUUAUAUUGUUGACCACUUAAGCAGUGUUGUGCAUCUAAUAUUAAAUAGUUUUUGGGCACAAUGUUAAAUGCCUCUGAGCCUUUAACUGGAAACGAUACAGUUCCUGAGCGAUACCUUUGUUAUUUUAUUUUUAAUUUGAAUUAAAGACUCAGGUAAGGGGCUUUUUUGCGAAAUAAAGUAAUUUAUUCAUAGACUCUGCACCAACCUAUACCACAGUUUUAAUGUUUGCUUCUAGCUUGUUCGGCAGUGAUCCCAUUUCGACAAGAGACGAUUACUGAUUAAUGAAAACAGCUUCUAGCGUUUCCAUAUUUUGGCAUCCUUUUCAAUUGUUUAUAUCGUCCGUGAAAAGUUUUUGUGUCUUUUACUCCGACCUCCAUUCAAUCUGUUAUAUCCACGUCUUUAAUCACAUAUAAACGGCUUUACUCUAUAAGACACUUAGGUCUUUAAUAAAUGGGAGUCAGCGCUCAAUGCCUAAAUUUGUGCGCUUUUCAUGUGAGAGCAACAUCUCAGCAGAUGAGAAAUUUGUUGUUUGAAAUCUUAUUUUCUAAAUUAUUAUAUUGAAUUCCAGCCUGUUUGGAAGCAUAGAGCGUAUAUUUUUUGGCUUUUAUCAUAACUAAACAUUUCAUCCUACCUCACACAUUUAUAUUUGUCUCUUUGUUUGGUCACCAGAAACUCAUGA